CGUAAACUGUAUUUUAGUAUUAUAUUUACAAUAAGGUGACAUUAGACUAGGUCAAAUUUGGUUAUGAUACAUUAAAGGGAUGGUGUACCUAGCCUUCUAUGGUAGCUAUAAACUGUCUCUGAGCCGUUGUCUGCAGGACUGACUGUGCAUUAAAAUGGGGGAAAAUGAGCGAUGGCUUACAGCACAUCACGACCCACUGGCAUCCCUGUACACCUUCAGUUCAUGUAUGGCUUUGGCUGACCUUCAUGGGGAUGGAGAAUCAAAACUCAUUAUUGCUGACCUGGGCACUGGAGCAUAUAACAUGAAGCUAAAGGUCUACCGAGGCACCAGCCUGAUGUCAGAAAACACACUGAUUGACCUCCCAACUGGGGUUAUAACCUUCCACAUGGACACUACAGAACCUCGAGUGCCAGCUGUUGCUGUUGCAUCUGGAAGUUAUAUCUACAUCUAUAAAAAUCUUCGCCCAUAUUUCAAGUUUACAUUGCCCACUCUGGAAGUUAAUUCAACUGAAUUUGAUGCUUGGAGUCAGGCUCGAGAUGAGCUCCUAGAUGUGGGCAUGCUAUAUGAAAUCCUUGACUCACUGAGACAAGAAGUGGGAGAGUGUGGCCUCACAACACGAUCUCAGCGGUUCCUAAUGUGUCCUGACCAUAACAGUCAAGCAAGUUUCCUCAACCAGCACAAAGGAUUUAUUCUCAAACGUCAAACAGUAGUGACAUGUUUUGCUACUCUCAAGAAGAGUCAUGCUGAGGAUGAUGCCAUAUCCUGUCUGGUUUUGGGUACAGAGAGUGCAAAUAUAUUUAUCUUGGACCCAGAAGCUUUUACAAUUCUGAACAGUAUGAGCUUGUCGAGUGUACCAGUGUUCCUGUCAGUAUCUGGCUUAUACGAUGUCGAGUAUCGCAUUAUCGUGGCCUGUCGCAAUGGUCAGAUUUACACGUUGAAGCGCGGAACAAAAAUUGGUCGCCCUACCGUAGAGCUGACGUCUCAACCGGUGGGUUUACUAAGACGAGAUAAGAGCAUCAUUGUUGCCACCAUGGAUCAAAACCUUCAUUCCUUUAACAACAAGGGAAAACGGUUGUGGUCACUUAAGCUCCCUGCUGCCAUAAUAUGUAUGGAAACUCUCGAGAUCCGCACCCUGGGCCUCACACUGACAGCUCUUGGAAUGGCCGACCACCGUGUUAUGAUUUAUCGUGAUAAACACUUAGUGGACACCAUAUACACUGAGGACCAGAUAUCAGCCAUGAAGUUUGGUCGUUUUGGGCGAGAAGAUAAUACUUUGGUCCUGGUCAUGAAAGGUGGGGGUCUUGUUGUAAAGAUUUUGAAGCGAACUGCACGCUUUGAAAUUGAAGAAACUCAGGGACCUGGCCAUGCACAUGCUGUCAAACUCAACAUACCCAAGAAAACAAAACUGUUUGUUGAUCAAACGAUGCGUGAGAGAGAAAACUGUGUGUUGAUGCACCGAGUGUUCCAACAUGACUUGUACCGUCUACGACUUAACACAGCUCGUGCUUAUGUCCAGGCUCUGGAGACCAGUAGCAAUCCUGUCUCUCUCUCCGAGACAGAACCUCUAAAAUUAUCUGCACAGGUUUUGGGACUGGGACCAACAUUUAAGCUUAGAGUCGAGUUACAGAAUACCUCCUCAGCAUCACCAUCCUUACAGCUGGCGGUUAUAUUUCAUUGUGAUGACCAUAUCUACAAUGUCAAUAAAUCAUAUAUUCAGAUUCCAAUGCUUAUACCAGGCAUUAUCCAUGUGGCAGAAACACUUAUUACAUGCAUAUCAGAGCUUGGGAUAUCAGAUACUGUACGUGUGUUUGUGGUGAAAGGAAAAGCCUCCCGACCUUUGCUCACUGCUGUCAUAAACAUGCCAGUUGCAGAAGUUUUCAUGGGUUCCUAAGUACUGUACUAAACUAUUUAGGAUAUUAUCUGCAAAUGUGAACAAAAAUAUCUAGUAAGCAGAGACCGAAUAAGUUAACUAUUUUAAGAUAUACUGUACAGGCAGUCCCCAAUUUAUGAAGGUUCAGUUUACAAAAAUUCAGAAUUAUGAAGAAAAAAAUUUGUCCCAUGAUUUGAUUUACGAACAAAACACAAGGAGUUAAAACAAAUUGUUUUUCAUGCAUUUUUUUUUUAUUCCUGAGCACGUUUGAAAAUAUGCUGAAAAUAAUGCAUAUUUUUAUUACCAGUUUGCUUACUUAUUUCGUUAUUCUCUAACACUUACAACGUUAAUAAGUCUGCAAAUAAGCUUUCAAUGUGUCAUUAUUUUUCUAUAGUCACCAUAUAACUUACCCUCAAAACUCACUCGAGACACACAGACUCGUCUCCACCAGCACAGUCACUCAGCUUGAUUGUACAGGUAUCCCCCUAUUUAUGAUUGGGUUAGGUCACGAAAAACCCAUUGCAGGUUCAAUUAUUGGAAAUUGGGAUCAUUAUAACAUGGGGUUUAAUGGUAUACAGGACGUUCCCAGCCACUCGGCCACCCACAUGUAUCAACGAAAAAAAAAAUCUGCAACACAGUUAAACAACACUCACGACAUCAUUGCAAACAACCCUGGUCAUCAUUACAUGUCCCCUUCGAGGCUAAGGGAACUCUUGAAGGUGGAGUGGAGACAUCACUGUGAUUCUCACACAGCCUCUGGGGAAUCUCAUGCUGCUUCACAAUGUCAAGCUUCACUUCAGAAACAUGGUUUUCCUGGGUGCCUUGGCCUUCUCAGACAUUUUCAAAGCUAUUCAGCUUACUUCACAGUCACAAAAACAGAGCGAAAGCACUUGUCACAGAAACAGAGUGAAGGUUGAUAACAUUAUUGUGGCUGACACUGCUCACAUCAUGUUCACAACAGCAGAGUCAAAGCAUCACGAACACAGCCAUGUGCAAUCACCAUGGAACAAAGCUUGGUAUCAUAGUGCACCAGGUGGCUGCAUGGCGGCACUUGGGUAGACCGCGGCUGACAAGUGAACCAAGAGAUGCGUCCGCAUUGGCCGGACAAUGACCAUCGAUCAUGUGAAUUGUUUACAUCAUAAAUGGGGAAGGUCUUAAUACAUUACCAUCGUUAAAGAGGAAUAUUGUAGAUCAGGGGAUACCUGUACAAUUUCUUCUCAUUUAUUCUUACAUAUUAAAUACUCUACAAAAAAUUAUUCUCUUCUUAAAUUUCAUAUUCUAAUUGUGUCAUAUGUACAAUAAAAUCAUAGUUAGAAGAGAAAGUGUGGAAUUUGGAAAUGAACUAAAGUUUGGAGAUGUGAAUAUUGCUGGCAACGCAUGAUUGAGUGUGAGUGUAGUGUCAGAUGACUGGCAGCAACUUUUGCGCCAUGUAAUCAAAGCAGUGGGUAUUUAGGACGAUUCAAUAACUCUUUAGGGGUCAAGCAUGGUUUUUUAUUUAGAGAGAGAACAUAAAGUAUCUCUAAUUAUAGAAUGGGAAUCAAUGUAUUACAACAGUAACAUAGAUGUUAGCUUAAGAGUUUCAAACUGUUAACUUUGUUUUAAAUCUCACACAGUUUAUCUUAAGUACAGGUAUACAAGAAUCCCUCGCUAUACAAAUGGGUUUGGUUCCUGAAAACCCAUUCGUUAAAUGAAUUUUCAUAUAUUGAAUACAAAAUAAGGGAAAAAUUGGGUUUAGUUCCCCAAUGACAAGAAAACCCCAAUAUCAAACCCCAAAACAGAAAAUCAGUUCACAACAACAAAAAUCCUACCUAACUAAUGAUAAAUAUUAUACAACUACUGUAAUUUACUACCUAACACAUUAAAGAUAUUAAUAAAAUACUAUACAGUAUAACUUUAGUACAUUACCUUAUGGGAGGGUUGUCAGGGCUCACCACAAGGGGAUGAGGUGUGGGUUGAGUAAGGGCUUUGUUCAACAUGAUGAGGAGGGCUGUCCACCUCAUCACUGCCAUUACAAAGCAAUAGCGAAAGAUUGUCUUGAAUACACAUAGAUAAAGAGAGAUACAUCACACACAUAACGAAUGGUUGAAGAAAAGACACCGGCUUGUGGGAGAUGCGAGAGGGAGGGAGGUUUGUUAUGAUCAGUGAGCGAGAAUACGUCUUUGCGCAUCUCUCCCAUGAUGGCCUCCCCAGCUGACUCCUGGGAUGCACGUUUUAAAAUUUUGCUGGGACCCAAAGUCAUAUGAACAGGGGAAGCUUUGUUAACACAAAAAGAGUUGUUAAUUUAGUUAAUUCAUACAAGCAAAUUUUUGUACAGUAUCUCGAAUGUUCGUAUGGCAAGAUAUCCCUGUAUAAGAUUAUUACAACAGUACAGCAUUGUAUUGCAUGUAUUUCAUUUAUAUAUAUUUUUGUGUACAGUACACCAAAACUUUUCAUUAAAAAUUUUUUUUGUGUUAUUUUAAUACUCUUGGGUUAAGGUAGGCACUUUCCCGUAAGACGCUCGGGGUUUGCCCCGUUACUCACCUCGCCGCACUUGAUUGCACCACACGAGAGAUAAUUAUACAUAACGAGUUAUAGCAAGCUUGCUAUUUGAGAUAAAAAAAGUGGGAUUUGUUGCAUGUGCAUUGUAAAUAAAUUAUCUACAAUCAGUUUUAUAUAAGUAAUCACGAUAAAAUAAUUAUUUCUAUACAUAAGUGCAAGUAGAAGGCAUCAGGAGGCACCGCACUAUCACCACAUGGUGCAAUCUCCUUGCAUUUUGAAGUUUUCCUACCCCUCCACCCUCACCAGCAACAUGAGGCAUGGUUCAAAACUCUCUCAACACUGUUAUGAAUAAAUGAAAUUAGCACAAGCCACGAGAAAAUGAGUGGGAAAUGUAAGUCAAGGUUAUGUCAUGUGUUAUUGAAACACAAAGGGAGACUGGUGUAGUAACCUAACCUUGGAGGGCAGUCUACACAUGCAAAUUUGCUUAUGAAAACCCAAAAGUGAUAAUUUAUAUCUUAUACAAUUUUGCAUAUGAAAACCCCAAGAGUGAUGAGACUUAAGGGAUUUUUUUUAGGAACAUAGCUUAGCUUUUAUUAUGAGAGUCAAUGGGAAAAUGUGGUCCAAUUUAUGAAAAAUCAAUUUGCAAAAGAUUUUCCAGGAAUGGAACCCAUUCAUAAAUUGGGGAAUGUCUGUAUAUAUGCAGUACAGUAUACAUAUAUCCCCACAAAUGUUCAAUAAAAGGCAUUUGGCAAGUAUUCCACAUUUGCUCAGAGCAUAAUAAACUACCUGUACAGUCACAUUUAUACAUAGUACUGUACUGUACACUGUGCAUGUUGCUGAAUAUAUUGCUGUGAAGAACAAGUCAAGAGAUGUGCAGGAAAUUCUAGCUCUUGAUGAAUUACUACAAGGAUAAAAAGUGUAGCAUUUCAUUAAAGAAAAGGUACAGUAUAAUGUGCUGUACACUACUACAGUGAAAGAAAUUUUACAGAUACUACAGGAAAUAAAUCUGUUACGUUAGAUGUUAGAGAUUGUUGGUGAUAUAGGAUUUUUUUUUUAUAUGGAAACUAAGAUCUGUAUCAACACAAACAUUGCACAAAACUUUAAAAUAUUUGUAAGGGCAUUCAAUAAAAAUGUAAUGUUUCACAUGUUUAAAAAAAAAGGAAUUGGAACGUAAAAUUGGAAUAAUAUAACAGUAGAUGCAAAGAUUAAUUUGGAGAACAGAUAGUAAUUAUGUUUUAAAAUUGAUAAGAGUAUAUUAAAGAAGUAACUAAAUUUAUUUGCUAUAUUUUCUAUAAGGUUUGUGGCAUACCAGUAUCUUAUAUUUUGCAUCAGGUUGUGCCACAAGUAUACUACACGGGGUGAUUUUCACUGUAAAAUGUGUAAAUAAAUUAAAUGUGUUUGAUACAGGAGUAUGCAAGAUAACUCAAAUUUAGUUCAGGAGUUAAAUCUCUGAGAAAUUUCACAUUCUUGACUUAAAUUUUUUUGGAUUUGCUUUGAAAAUUUGCCAUAUGUGGACUAUUUCUGGGUCUCUAAUUAAAGAAAAUUGGUUGAUAGCUAAGUUGAGUAUGAUUAGUACAUUCAAAUGAAUAUACAGGUUCCACAUUAAUUGGAUAUUUAUUUGAAGCAAAUACAGGUAUGACCAAAUUGAAUGUUAGCCAAACUCAGAUAUACAGGUAUUUAAUUAUAUAUGAAAUGGCUUAAUUAUGACUUGAGGACCUUACAAUAUGAAUUUUGUUAUGGUUCUGCAAAAGAGACAUUCAACAGAAUUGCCAGUUACUGAAGUGAUUGUGUUGCUCAGUAACCAUUACAAAAGCUUUCUAGGUGAUGGAGUAAGAGGGAGAUUGAUGCCAGCUUUAGCUGCAACACCCUUUUGCUACAAUAUCUGCAUGACAAGAGCAGUUGAAUUUUACUUUAUUAUUUGCUUGUAAAAUGGAGAUAUAAGAUAAAAGGUUGGGAAUCUUACCAAUUCAAUUUGAUGUGUGAAGGUUGUGUGAAAUUGGGGAAAUGGAAAGGAUAAUUAUCAAAAAGAAAAGUGACCAAGACUUUGUCAAAAUGUACACCAGUAGAAGUUGAUCAAAAUAUUUUUCAGUAAAUCAGUAAGGAUUUGUAUUCAUAGAGCUGUUGAUGCAGUUGAAAAAAGUAUCUUUUCAUAAAGCAUCAGUAUGUGUAAGGAGGGAACAGAGAUAAGUGGGAGGGGCAUUGGAAGGACAUAUGUGUGAGAAGACCAAAAAUACAGUUCAAGUAUUAAGUUACACAAAGAUUGUAUCAUCCAGAAACCCCAAAGAUUGUGACCACAACAGAAUUACCAGAGUUUACAAGUUUCAAUUGUACAAGAUUUGCAGACCUAGAAAAGGCAACACAACUUUUCAGGAUAUUGCAUAUUGUAAGUGUAUGAAAGUUUACCAAAACAGGUGGAUGUAUCUCCAAAUGUUUUGACUUUUAAGAGAUGACUUGACAAGCACUGGACAGAUCAAGAUGUCAUGUACAGUUGUAGAACCCUGAACAUACAUGCUGGCAUCAUUAGCCUAUCAGAUUCAGUACUGAUUAUUUUCUCAAGUACCUGUACUGUACAGUACAGUAGAUGAAAACUUGGAAGUGUGGGUUAGAAGCCUUCACCCAGAAUACUCAUAAGUACUGUACUGUAAUUGAAAUAGGUUGUAGAUGAGAAAUAGGACUUCAGGACUGUGGUUUAAUGCCCUGUGUUGUGCUGUUUUUAAAUUGCUUUUCUGCCAAGAAAAUUUUUUUUUAUUUAGUUAUUAAGGACCCAUUUCUUCCUGAUUUUCUUAAGCAUCCUUGUUUCUCUUGAAUCAGCCUUAACAUUUUUGGACAGGGUAGGGGACCUUUGUAGAGGAAUUGGAAUUGGCUGCCAUGAAGGCAAUGUUCUCCCUGGUUUUAGCAUCUGUUUCAGUAGUGUCAGAGCUUCAUACAUUGAAAAAUGAAAAGUUUAAUUCUUUCAUAAGUCAGCCUCGGAGUCUGAAGUUUAUAAUGGAAAACCACGUUUGAGGAGAGAGAUUCAUUUCCAAGCUUGGAAGCAAGAUGGUGGGUUUCAUCAUUCCCUUUAUCCAGAUAUUACGACAGGACUACUGCACUGCUAGACUGCAGUAUUUAGGAGCUGGAAAGGUUAGUUAUUCUUUUAACUUGGUUCCCGGGUUAAGGGUAUGAAUUGUGCUAUUUUGUUGAGAUUACUGCCUCUGUACCACAGGUUGGACCCCGCUAAUCCGGGACCCGAUAGUCCAGCAGCUUUGAUGGUUCGGGACGCAUAGAGUGAAUACUUAAUUAAUCUUAAGGGGAAAAUUAGGAUAUGUUCCACAACUACUAAAAGACAACAGUAAUGCUAUAAAAGUUGUGGAAAAAUCAUUACAAUUACAGGUAUCACAACCUGUACUCAAAUGUACUCAGGUAAUUACUAAAAUUUUUGUCUAGUGCAAACUAUAGGAUGUUUAUACUCAAAUUAAUUGCCCUCUUGCAAGAAUUCCAGCAAUGAAUAAUGUAUAAUCCUGAGUGAACAGUUUGAAAUUCUUAAGUUAACAUCUAUGUUACUACUGUUGUAAUACAAUGAUUCCCAGUCUAUAGAAUUGGAGAUACGGUUUGUUCUCUCAAAAAAAAAAAAAACACAUGCUUGACAUUUUUAUAAGCGAAAAAAUUAAAAUCCCUCUACAGGGUAUUGUACAAUCCUGAGUCCCUGACCCCUCCCCCCACUGAAAACUUCUCACCCGGUAAUCUCCCCCUCCUGGCUGUCAACACCUCACCAUCCCCCUCCCUCUUGCCCUCAGCCAGAAGACAAUAAGGAUCUUAGAGGGUGAAGGUGGUUUUAGGUUUAAAGUUUUUUCUCUUAUAAAAUGGCACUGACUUGACUUAGCAGAAUAUAACUUGCAUUGCUGGAAUCCUUGUAAGAUAGUGAUUACUUUAGUAUAAACAUCUCAUAGUUUGCAAAAGAGAUUAAAAUUGUAGUUCUCUAGCUUAGUACAUUUAAGUACAAAGUGAGUACAGUACAGUAAUAUGUUGUUCAAAAUUGUGGCUUUUACACUGGGAAAAUUAUGUGUAGCUAACCCCAGUGGUCAGGAUAUUAUGGCAUUGAAUGUUACAGAGUAUUUAAAAAAAAUUCUUUGUUUAGUUCUAUACAUAUGCUGUAUGUGAAUUCCCAUAUAGUGAAUGGCAUAAAGCGAGGGUCCAGUGGACAGUAAACGUGUGCCAUAGCACUAACACUUUGUCAUAAAGAGGUCCAGUAAGCCUGGGCUAGAUUUAUGAUAAUGUAAGUUGUAUUGGUACGAGUAAUAGUACAUUUUAUGCAUUA